UUCCGGUCACAUAAUUUAGCGCUUUGUCACAAUUACGGAGCAUUUAGUAUUUAAUUGAGGUGUAACUUAUUACUGGCUACACUUUUUUCACUCUUCAAUAUCAAGAUGAAAGUUACGGCUACUUUAGAGGGCGAUCAGAUUUUUAAUCUGGACGUCAGUGGAGAUCUAGAGAUAGAGAAUCUCAAAGCCCUUCUAGAAUUCGAGAGUGGUUUGUCGUCGUCCCAAGUUGUGAUUUAUCACAACGGCCGUGCUCUUGUUGAAGAGAAGAAGACUUUAAAUGCGUAUGGGAUUCACGAGGGCGAUGUCCUAUUAAUACAGCGCGUUGUGCACUCCCCGCAACCUUCAGUUCAGUCGCGUGGAGCUGCUCCAACUGGUUCAGUGAACUGGGGAAGUAUACAAGUACCAAACAGUUCACGAUCUGCCGGUGGUAAUCAAUCAGCCCCAAGACAGCUUGCACAGCCAAGGGUGAACACAAGAAGUGCCCCUACUGGUGGAAUAGAUUGGGGAAGUAUACAAAUACCUAACAGUUCAUCUCAUCCACAAUCUGCUCGCACUCAAGCAGCCUCAGGACCUCCACAGCAACCUAGUGUGGAUACGGACAGUCUUGAGUACAUUAGAGACAUGUUCUUGGCUGAUCCCCAUCAGCUAUCACUCCUUAAAGAGAGAAAUCCAGAACUUGCAGAUGCAUUGUUGAGCGGUAAUUUGCAGGCAUUUGCUGCUGUGCUUCAGAGACAAAGACAAGAAAGAGCUGAUAAAGACAUGCAGAGAAUUCGCACUAUGAAUGCAGAUCCCUUUGACAUUGAUGCUCAAAAGAGAAUUGCAGAGGAAAUCCGUAUGUCCAAUGUCAAUCAAAACAUGGAAAUAGCCAUGGAAUAUUCACCAGAAUCGUUUGGUAAAGUUGUUAUGCUUUAUAUCAACUGUAAACUAGAUGGACACCCUGUUAAAGCUUUUGUUGAUUCAGGAGCUCAGAUGACCUUCAUGAGCUCGGCAUGUGCAGAGAGGUGUAGCAUUAUGCGGUUGCUAGAUCACCGGUGGGCAGGGAUCGCUAAAGGUGUGGGAACACAGAAGAUUGUUGGGCGAGUUCAUGUUGUUCAGAUCCAGAUAGGAAAUGACUUUUUACCAUCUUCUUUCUCUGUCAUGGAAGAUCAACCUAUGGACUUAGUUCUUGGGCUAGAUAUGCUUAAGAGACACCAGUGCUGUAUUGACCUGAAGAAAAAUGUCCUGCGGAUUGGUACCACUGGUACAGAAACACCCUUCCUAGCUGAGUCUGAGUUGCCAAUGACUGAUCGCCUGGCAUUCAGUGACGAAGGGGAACAAAUGAAAAACGUUGAGGACAAACAGUUGGUUGAAAUGGAAGACAAGGAACUUGCAGAAGCAAUGGAACAAUCAGCUAAGGAGGCCGCACAAGGAAACUCUUCCAAAUCUUCAUAAUAGUCCCUAGUGAUAGUGUUGAUCAAUAAGAGAAGACCAAUAUCUACUCGGAAAUGCAUUCAUUAUUCCAAAUGUUUGUGGCUUUUAGAGCUCUUGCCUGCAGAGGGACCUUCCACAUCUAGUGUGGCCUAGUUUGUAUCGCAUUCUGUUUCCUCAAAAUCUGUUUGACAAACCUGUAGUGUGCAAGUGUCACAGUGUACUUCUCCUCUUGUAGAAUUAGAAUUUGGUGUUUUUAUUUUUAAAGAGACAAAAAACAAAAAAUGUAAAUGUUUUUUAAAAAUAUUGAUGUUCUUGUUCUUGUUUUACCUGCAAGGUCAGUUUUUUUAAAAAAACUACAAGGAGGAUCAUGAAUGAAUAUUGAUUUAAUAAUUACCAAAAUUUAGCCAUAUUUCUGUUGGUCAAGUCUUCCCAGAAAACCAAGUUGAAAGGUGUAUUUUGUGGUAUUUAUUUAAUCUUGGCUUUGAUAAUUUUGAAUAAAUUUUUAAAAUAAAACAAUUUUUUUUUGAGUCAGUAA